ACAGCAGCAGCAGCUCCUGAACACCUCCUGCUGCUGCUCUGAGCCGUGAAUGAUGCUUUAUUGAUACAGCCUUAUGAGUGAGAGGGAGAGCGCUCCCAAUCCUCUUAGGGGCAUUAUGCUGAGCCUCGUUCCAGCCUUGACAUGCGGCGCGCCCUUGUAGCUCCCCAAAAGCCGGAGUCAGCAUCUCUGGGUCUGUUGCGCGCAGCUGGAGCGACGGUCCGCCGCGGCACGGAGCCCAGCAGCCGGCGGAGCAGGUAACUCCGCUCUCCUCACGCACACUUCCGAAUGAAAAAGCUCGUUUUCCAGAACGUCACAACCCGCGCCGUCACUCCAGACGAGGAUCUGCCUUCAAUCGGUAAAAAACAAGAACGCAGUUUUUCUGCUGACGCGCAUUGUGGACUCCUGGCCACGCUUCAAACGCAUCGCUACCACGCAGCGCGUGAGCGUUUUUUACCUGUUGUCACUGCGCUCGUAUUAUAGCGACGAGCCGAUGCCUGAGUGAUUAUGUUGUCAUAGCAACAGGUUCCCGCAGUGAAGAUGAAACGCAGCCGCCUGCUCUGCGUGGGCGCCACAUAACCGCACAGACAGGAACUCCGGGCAGGAGGAGCCAUGCUCCCAACAUAAGUUCUUCCUCAGAGAGGAGGCUGCAAACAUGAGGAGGCUCCGGCGCAGUCGCGUCCUCUUCUUCAUUUCAGGUGUGCUGUUGUGUUUUGUCUACACUCUCACUCUGAAGGCCAAGCUGUCUCAGCUGCCCGCCUCUGCCGGAGCGGACAGGGGGCACCAUGAAGUCCUGGAGGUCAGGGUCCGAGAGCUGCUCCAGGCGCCCAACGAGACGGAGGCUACAGCACCAGAGAGCACCCAGCCGCCUUUGCUGAUCGUUGUCAACAGAACCGACAUUGAACAGUGUGUCUAUGUAGACCCUCUGCCACCGAAACCUCCUCCAACCACCCCACCAGUCACCACAAGCCCUCCUUCACACCCCCCAGGGCUGCCCCCUCACAGAAAGGGCGACUACCCCGAGGACCUCUUUUCAAUAGAGCAGCGCAGACAGGGCUGGGUGGUUCUGCACAUCCUAGGCAUGGUCUACAUCUUUGUGGCUCUGGCCAUCGUCUGUGAUGAGUUCUUUGUCCCGGCGCUGGAAGUCAUCGCCAUCAAACUGGACAUCUCUGAUGAUGUAGCUGGAGCCACCUUCAUGGCAGCUGGAGGUUCAGCCCCGGAGCUCUUCACCUCCCUGAUCGGUGUCUUCAUCUCCCACAGCAACGUGGGCAUCGGCACCAUCGUAGGCUCCGCCGUGUUCAACAUCCUGUUUGUGAUCGGCAUGUGUGCCAUCUUCUCUCGGGAGAUGCUGCGCCUCACCUGGUGGCCUCUCUUCAGAGAUGUGACUUUCUACAUCCUGGACCUUAUCAUGCUCAUCAUCUUCUUCCUGGAUAACGUCAUCCUCUGGUGGGAGAGUGUCCUGCUGGUGCUGGGCUACGUGUCCUACGUGAGCUUUAUGAAGUUCAACCCCCAAAUCGAACAGAUGUUCAAAGGUCAGCUGAACAAGCACACGAGCAUCGUCAAGGUGUGGAGCGCGGAGGAGCCGGAGAAGGAGAGCGAAGCAGCUCCUCUUCCUCCGCCUUCUUCUCCUCCUCCUCUUCCUCCUCCUGCUGCUGCUGCACCUCCAAAAGCUCAGGAGAAACCCAAAGCAGAAGGCGAGCGGCCCCCCAGCAGCGCUCACUGCAACAGCCUGCAGACAGACGCUCAACAGGACAAAACAAGGCUGAGGGUGCGUCCCGUCCUGCAGAGAGGCGGCAGCUCGGCUUCCCUGCACAACACUUCCCUGAGGAACACCAUCUUCCAGCUGAUGAUCCACACGCUGGACCCUCUGGGAGAAGAAGCAGCACUUAGAGGCACCGCUAGGUCCACGCCACUGAAGAAGGUCAGAGGAGAAGCAUCCUUUAAUGGUGAUGUCAGAGGGGGGAAGCCUGUGCAAAGGAAAGCAAAGAACAAAGUAAAGCCUCUGAAUGUGCCGCCGACAGAAAAACUAAAGAACAAGUUUGAUCAAAACCAAACUGAAGUCCUUUUCCCUGCAGACGGAGAUCAGAAACCAAAGUGUGAUGUCGACGGACCACCGGGGGGCGAAGCAUCUUCCUCACAGCCUGAAAAGAGCGAGGAGCAGAAGAAGACGUCUGACGACGCAGACGAGUCAAAAGUGACAACAGCUACAGAGGGGGGGUCAGAGGGCUCUGACGGCAGCAGUGAGGAGGAGAGUGGGAACAAGGAGAGCAGCGAACCCAGCGACAGCGAUGAAGAUGGAGAGAAAGACGCCGAGGAGAAUGAGGAAGAGGAGAGGGAGCCGCUGUCUUUGGAGUGGCCCGACACUCCUUGGAAGCGGGCCACCUACCUGUUCCUGCUGCCCAUCCUCCUGCCGCUGUGGUUCACACUGCCCGACGUCCGCAACGCGACGUCCAGGAGGUUCUUCGCCAUCACCUUCCUCGGUUCCAUUUUUUGGAUUGGCAUCUUCUCCUACAUGAUGGUGUGGUGGGCUCAUCAGGUUGGAGAGACUAUUGGGAUCUCGGAGGAGAUCAUGGGCCUGACCAUCCUCGCUGCGGGGACCUCCAUCCCUGACCUGAUCACCAGUGUCAUCGUGGCCCGGAAAGGUCUGGGAGACAUGGCCGUGUCGAGCUCAGUGGGCAGCAACAUCUUUGACAUCACUGUAGGUCUGCCCAUUCCAUGGCUCCUCUUCACCGCACUGCACAACGGCGACCCCGUGGUGGUCAGCUCAAAUGGCCUCUUCUGCGCCAUCGUGCUCCUCUUCCUCAUGCUCCUCUUCGUCAUCAUCUCCAUUGCUGCCUGUCGCUGGAAGAUGAGCAAAAUGCUGGGCCUCACCAUGUUCGUCCUGUACUUUGUGUUCCUGGUUCUGAGUGUCCUGCUGGAGGACCGGAUCCUCACCUGUCCCAUCUCAAUCUGAGCUGAUGAGCCCACCGACUCAGCCCCCCCCAGAGGAGCUCAGCCGUUUUGUAGUCCCUGUUAGGUAGAUGCGUUCGGUCAAAUGUCACAAAGCUGGUCUCACUCAUUGGUUUCAUGUUAUUAAAGGAAAUUCCCCCCUAAAAGAGGC